CCCCGUCACAUGAAUGGUUGUCUAUUAACUUGUUCAAAAACUAUCUGGAGUUGUCAAGGCUCAGGCGGACAGAGGCGAAAAAGUACAGUUUGUUGAUGCUUUUUCGGAGAAGCGACGGGAGAAGUUUUGUGGACACAACAUAGCAGGGACCUAUUGGGAGAAGGCUCUUUGUCACACACACUCACACACACACGCUUUGACACACACUCACCGAGAAGGGAGAGAGAGAGAGAGAGAGAGAGAGUGUGUGGAGACGCGGCUUGGUGCUUGUUGUUUUUGUCCAGAGAAAAAAGUUGCAGAGAAAAAUCGCCAGGUAACUUUUAGCAGCAGCCCUGCGCUCCUCACUGUCCUGCCUCUGGCUUGUGGAGUUUGUCUCUGUGGCUUUUCUUUUUUCCUCUGCUCGGGAGCUCCAACUAAAAGCUGUUCCUGAUGUAUAACAUGAUGGAGACUGAACUGAAGCCCCCAGCUCCCCAGACCAACACGGGGGGCUCGGGCAACACCAACACGUCCGGCACCGGCCCCAACCAGAAAAACAGUCCGGAGCGGGUCAAGAGACCCAUGAACGCGUUCAUGGUGUGGUCCCGGGGCCAGAGGAGGAAGAUGGCGCAAGAAAAUCCCAAAAUGCACAACUCGGAGAUAAGCAAGAGACUGGGCGCUGAGUGGAAACUUCUGUCGGAGAGCGAGAAGAGACCUUUCAUCGACGAAGCCAAGAGGCUGCGGGCCCUGCACAUGAAGGAGCAUCCGGAUUACAAAUACCGGCCCCGGCGGAAAACCAAGACCCUCAUGAAGAAGGACAAGUACACCUUGCCCGGUGGGCUGCUGGCUCCGGGAGGAAACGGGAUGGGAGCUGGGGUCGGUGUAGGGGUGGGCAGCGGGCUGGGCGGUGGGGUGAACCAGCGGAUGGACAGCUAUGCGGCGCACAUGAACGGCUGGACCAACGGUGGCUACGGCAUGAUGCAGGACCAGCUGAGCUACCAGCACCCGGGGCUGAACGCGCACAACCCGAGCCAGAUGCAGUCCAUGCACCGCUAUGACAUGAGCGCCCUGCAGUACAACACCAUGACCAGCUCCCAGAGCUACAUGAACGGCUCCCCGACUUACUCCAUGUCCUAUUCCCAGCAAACCACGCCGGGGAUGACCGCGCUGGGCUCCAUGGGGCCCUCCUCGGUGGUGAAGUCCGAGUCCAGCAGCUCCAGCCCGCCCGUCGUCACCUCGUCGUCCCACCGGGCCGCCCCGGGCUGCCAAAGCGGAGAUCUGAGGGACAUGAUCAGCAUGUACCUGCCCGGGGCGGAGGUCAGCGAGCAGAGCGCCCAGACCAGGCUACACAUGUCCGGGCACUACCAGAGCGCCGUGCCCGGGACGACGAUCAACGGCACGCUGCCGUUAACACACAUGUAAGAGACACACAGCAGAGAGAGAGAAAAAAAAAUGAACUUUUAUAAGAGAAACUGUGGACUAUUAACGUUGGACUAUUUUUGUACAGAAAAAUUUCGGGGUGGGAAAAGUUGUAUAGAAGUCUCCAGGAAAAGGACACACGACUCUUUUUUUCUUUCAUUUUAUUCUAAGGAAGCUCUAGAGGAACGGUAGGAGAUCCCCUCUUCACUGGUGGAUGAAGUUUGGAAGACUAGAAAGUGGGAGUCGCAAUCAAAUGUUUUAUUAUUGCAAUCACCUUUUGUACAGUAUUUAUCAAAGAAACAUUACAAUCAGAUGAAAUUGUUUGUUAAACUGCAAGAGGUUGCAUUUUUCUUUUCUUUUGUUUUUAUAUAUAAAGCAAUGCCAGUUCUGCAGAAAAUAUUAAAAGUGAAAAUGGCAGAACUGGAAUUAUAUGGGAGCGAUCAGUUAUGCUCCUUUAUUACUGCAAACUUUGGAAAGAAAAGGGACAUAAAAACGAAGCAGGUAAUGCUGUUUUUUUUUUUUUCAUUUAAGGUCAAUAUUACUAAACAUUUUAAUUUCUUUAAAAAAAAGAUAAGACACUUUUUUUUCUCUCAUACAGCUUAAAAUAUAGGUUAAUUUAUAUUUCCGUCUCCCACUUUUCAUCUGUUAGAGGUAUGACGCUUGUGCUCUUUAUUUUCUAAUUGAUUUGUACAAUUUCUGUAUAUUUACUGUGAUAUUUUAAGUUUUUAUUUCAAAAAAAUUCAUUCCCGUAGUUGUAUUUUAAAAAUUGUGGCCUGUACGCAGAAGCCAACCACUCCAUGUAUAUAUAUACCGGAACUAAUACCAUCCUUAUAACAGUUACAAUUUCAGCUGAGUAUAUUUUUUUUCAAUAUGCAGUUUGAAAUGAAUAAAUUUUGGAAAUUUGGAUACUUGAAAUUGUUUGAGUUUUGAUUUUUAUUUUCCUCAGUCAUUUUUAUUUUUAAUAUGUGCAGGUUAAAUUGUCACCCGCCUGUGGAGCCUUUCUGUUUUCUGAUGUUAAUUAUUUACUGUAAAUGUAACAUUGACUUUUUACAUCUUCAUGAAUAUAAAUAUUAGAAUUUCUUUUAAACUCCACUGAUCAAAUAAUCCAGCUUGUGCGUCGUGGUUUCUAUUUUCUAGUGCCUGCGGAUGGCCCCGUCAAGCCAAAGUUUGUUGCCAUGUUUCCUCAAAAGGGGGACGAUUUUUCCACCCAAAUGCCCAACAUCCCCAGUGACCUAACAGGAGAGUGAAGACACGAUCAAGAGACCGGGACAAUGCGUGAACCGGAUGGCAAUUGGGAACUGAGGAGCAGCGGCUGCUGUAAUCUUCAGUGUUCAAUUAGCUACACUGACCGGGACGCAACCUACACUUCAUUAACAGCGAGUGGAAGGUGGAACAUCAAGCCAGUAGGAGUACAAGAGAUGGAGAGUAAAUGAGAGCUUGCUGUCAGUGGUGUGAGCAGUUUCCAGGUGAAGCAAACUGAAUUAAAUUGAAUCAAGCUGAACUGAUCUGAACCGGAAUGACCUGACCUGAACUGAAACGAAUUCUUCAGCCGGACAGGACACACGGCUCUCUGAGGAUUUGGGAAAAAAAAUGUUCAGGCAGAGAAAAAACUUGAAAGACUACACAUGAAAACCUUCUUUGCCUGUUGUUUUGGGGGAUUUUCCGUGCUAUAUUUCCUGUGUUUUCACUUUUACAUUAUGUUGUAUGACAUGGAUUAAACUUGUAUGGAUUUUGACACUGUGCAAUGUCA